UUAUCAAUACGAUACAACCACAUAUCGACACACUUUCAAAGUACAUUUGUUUAAAUUUUUGAAAUAGUACUAAUAGGUUUGGUAUGAUACUGGCACUUCAAAAUCCUCUGGUAAAUGUUUUUUUAUCAAAAACCAGAGAGAAAAUAUUUGAAUUAUUAUGAUAUAUGCGAGCUUUAGAAAGUUGGCUGUUUUGAUUGACUACAUUUUCUUGUGGUUUAGCAUGGACUUCCUCUUUGAAAUGUUUUAGCAGUUCCCAUGAGGCCUGAAGAGCCGACGGAGGACGACUGCUGUCACAACGGCUGCAACCCGUGUGUAUUCGACAUAUAUGAAUGCCAGCUCGAGCGAUGGCGGAAAGAUGGUUUGGGAAAAAAUAGCCCCAGAUUUGAUCUUCUUUCAGAAACUCAUUUCAAAACCUUUGUGCUAUCGAAGGUCCGUCGAUUGACAGCUGACACAAAUUUAUACACCUUUACGGCUGUUAAAGACAAUGAAAGCCAGCGUGGUUUGCUUCCGAUUAAAGCAGGGCAGCAUCUUAUCCUUAAAAUGAAUGAAGAACUGAAAACAAAUAAAUUGACCACAAGAGCUUACACAGUUAUCCCAAACAGCGAGGAAAACCAGAAUUGUGGAUUUGAUGUGGCCAUCAAACUCUAUGAGAACGGUUUAAUGUCAAAUUACCUUAAAACAUUGAACGUAGGUGAUUCAACUCUAUGGAGAGGGCCUUAUGGCGAUUUUUCUUACACCACUAAUAAGUACCCUCAUAUAAUAAUGAUAUCCAUGGGUACUGGAGUUGCACCGAUGUAUGCUGUAUCAAAAGCCAUAAUAUCCAAUGAUCAAGAUGAUACGAUUAUCACGUUUUUGUAUGGAUGCAAAUCAUCGGCAGAUAUAAUCCUGAGGUCUGAAUUAGAAAAACUGUCAUCCUUUUGGAAUUUUCACAGUACUUAUUUCUUAUCGCAAAACUUUGAUAUUAAAAACAAAAAAUAUUCUGAGAAAUUCGUUGAAGGUCGAAUAGGUGAAAGUGUUCUGCUAAAUUUUAUUAAAUCAGUUGAGAGGGAUCAAUUUUUAAUCUGCGGCUCUGAAAAGUUUUGCUGUGAUAUUAAAGGUUCACUUAUUAAACAUGGUGUUAAAGAAAGCAACAUAUUUAUUUUCUAAGCCAAAGAAGAUAAGAAAAGAUUUAUCCUAAUAUUUAUUGGAAUUUUAAUGUUAAUUUUGCUGUCACGACUACAGAAUCGUAUACAAUGAACCAAAUUACAUUAAGCCCUCUUGUAGGACAGUAAUAAAAAAUACAAUAAAAUACCAAUAACAAGACUGAUCAGUAGAACAAUUAUUUUAAAGUUUUUGUUAUUUAUUAUUUUUUGUUUCACUUUAUUAUGUAUAAACUGGAUGAGAAUGAUAA